AUGGCUGGAGUCAAGCGCAAGGAAGCACCUAAGGCUGUCGCCGCCGCACGAUCUGGAUCCGAGAAGAAGCAGAAGCUGGCCUCGACUGCCUCGUCCAAGAAGAGGGCCGCCCCAAUCAAAGAACCCAGUCCCGAAUCCGACGAGUCGAGCGAAGACGAAGACGAAGAUGAAGACGAGCUAGACGGCGAGGACAGCCCCAUGUCCGGUGUGGAACAAGAGGCCGGAAACAGCGAGUCGGACGAAAAGAAGAUCAGAACUGGUCAAUCAUCAGCAGAAGCACACGCUGCCCAGCGCGCCCUGGCAAAAGAGCGCAAAGCCGCCAAACCCAACGCAGACAUCAUUGGCCGUAGCAAGAAGAUCUGGGAGAGACUGCGCAGAAAGUCUCAUGUGCCCAACGACGAGCGCAAGGCUCUUGUUGCCGAGCUGUUUGACAUCAUCACUGGCAGAGUCCGCGACUUUGUCUUCAAGCACGACAGUGUGCGUGUCAUUCAGUGCGCCCUCAAGUACGCCAACAUGCAGCAAAGAAAGCAGAUCGUCACAGAGCUCCGUACCGACAUGCGCGAGCUGGCCGAGAGCAAGUACGGCAAGUUCUUGGUCGCCAAGAUGGUCGUUGAAGGAGACGCCGAGAUCCGCAACAUGGUUGUCCCUCAGUUCUACGGCCACGUCCGUCGCUUGAUCAACCACCCGGAAGCCGCAUGGAUCGUCGACGACAUCUACCGCCAGGUCGCUACCUCUUCACAAAAGGCCCUCAUGCUCCGCGAAUGGUACGGUGCUGAGUUCGCCAUCUUCGGCAAGACCAAGGCUGCACAAGGUCAGACCGACGACAAGAUCACCGCUGACCUCAAGGCCAUCUUGGAUGAGAGCCCCGAGAAGAAAAAGCCCGUUAUGAACUACCUCCAACAGCUCAUCAACCAGCUUGUUCAGAAGAAGAUGACCGGUUUCACUAUGUUGCAUGACGCCAUGCUCCAAUACUUCCUCAACACAACCCCUGGCACUCCCGAAGCUGCAGAGUUUCUCGAGCUGCUCAAAUCAGAUCUGGACGAGGAGAACGGUGGUGAUCUUCUCAAGAACUUGGCUUUCACAAAGAACGGCAGCCGUGUCGUGUGUCUGGCUCUUGGCUACGGAACCGCAAAGGACCGCAAGCUUAUUCUACGUGUUUACAAGGAUACUGUUGAGAUGAUGGCUCUGGACCCCAACGCACACACUGUUCUGCUUGCCGCAAUGGACACCGUCGACGACACAAAGAUGACCGCCAAGGCUCUGUUCCCCGAGUUGCUCGGAGAAAAUAUCAAGGAUGAGGCCGAACGCGAGAACCGUCUUGUUGAUCUCAUUUCUCAUCUGACUGCUCGUAUCCCGCUGCUUUACCCUCUUGCUGGUCAAGCCAAGUGGCUGGUUUCUGACGUGCAGAAGAAUAUCAUUGCCGAGGUACAGUCCGUACGCGAGGUGACGUCCAAGAAAAACCCUGAGAUCCGUCGCUCAGAACUCAUUGCAUACAUGUCACCUUACUUGUUACCCAUCAUUCAAAGCCGUGCUGCCGAUCUCGCAAGCGUUGGCUUUGGUUGCCAGUACAUCAGUGAAGUUCUCUUGGAAGCUCAAGGCGACAAGAAGGCAGCUUGUGAGGCCGUUGUUGCUUUAACCGAGGGCGACGUGACAUCAGAAGGACAUAUUGCACAAAGCGCAGCCGGCGGCAAGAUGCUGAGAGCACUGGUCAGUGGUGGCAAGUUCGAUCCUGAGACAAAGACAGUAAAGUUGGUCGAGCCUCGUCUCGGCUUCGGCGAUAUGCUGUUCAAGUCGCUCAAGGGAAGAUUCGUCGAGUGGGCUACAAGCCCUUCAAGUUUCGUCGUUGUACAAUUGCUUGAGAGUGAAGACGUCAGUGAUGCCAACAAGAAGAUUGUCCGCGACGAGCUGUCGAAGGGCAAGAAGACACUAGAGAAAGCAGCCAAGGGUGAAAAUGCCUCUUCGAAAAAGGCACCUGUCGAGUCAGACGACCAACAAAACAAAAAGAAGAAGAAGACGAACGACGGGCCAAAGGGCAACGCAGGUUCGAAGAUUUUGCUCGAGAAGCUGAGCAAAUGA